AGCAGCCACACUGCCGCAGCACUAUAGUCCGCUACCAUCUCCGUUAACCCGCGCCCCACCUGAGUCAUUCUGGUUUUUGCGUCCGUUCCGUGAUUAUCUCCGACGUUUGUACUGAUCGUGUGUAAUCAUUUUUUUUUUUUUUUUUAGUCUGUUUUGUUAGUUUUUUAACACUAUUUUUUAAAUUCAAGAAUAUCCGUUCAAGUGAGUUCAUCUUCUUCGCCGUGAAUCACCGUUAUUACUCCGUUGAGUGGUUUUAUUUCUGUUCAGUAAAUGUAUUGAGUGCCCCCAACCAAAAUGCAGCGGUGUUCAUCAAAAACAAUAUUAUCCAUCUGAUGACGAAAAAUCCACAAGAGAACACAAAAAUAUAUUUGGAUUCCAUUUAGCCUUUGUGGCAUCGACCACGACAAUGUUGUUAAAACGAGAAUUGGGUGGUGCAAUAACCAUCGGACUGGGAAUAGCUGCCAUUGCCAGUAAAUCAGGUACUUAAUUUAUUAUCAUUAUUCAUUAAUAGUACAAUUGACUGUAUCUAAGUCGUUUUGUUGCAACAUUAGGUACUUACUCAUGUGUAAUAGUCUAUUUCCUUGUACAGUAUUCAUAAGACAACUUUUAUCUUAAUUUUGUCUAUUAUAUUAACAUUAUGGAUUGGUAUCUUAAGUGAAUUAAAAAUUGUUUCAGUUUAUGAUUGGUAUGUUCAUUUUAUUAAUAUUCACCAAAUGCCUAGUUGUAUACUUGUAUAAUUAAUCCAUUACGAUACAGAGUCUGCAGAUUUAAGUACCAAUACUUACUUAUGAUUUACCAUAAUCCCAAAUAUAAUAAUGCAAUUAGAUACACUUAGAAAACAAGUUAUACAAUCUUAGAAAAACAUACCAAAUUAUCUAGUUACUCAAGACUCACCAGUAUAAUUCAAUGUAAUUAUACAAACAAAAUUAUAAAAUAAAACAUUAAUUUAGUUCUUAUAACUAUUUGAUAGGUAGGUAGGUAGCAGAUUAUUGUAAGAAAUACAAAAUCCAUUUAUCUUAUAUUAGUUUAAGUACUAUGUGAGGUACUAUAAUAUUUACUUAAUUUUGAUUUUUACUAGUUAUAUGCAUUAUUAUUUAUUACUUAUGUAUAAUUUAUAGAUUGCUAGGUAUGUAUAAAAUAAAUAAUUUUAAAUUACAUUUUGGAUAUGUACCUAGGUACCUAUAAUAUUCCUGUUCACUAGAGGUUUAUUUAAUGAAAUCUUAGUUAAUUUUGAACAUCUAUAUGUUAUGAUUUCUCAGUAAAAUCUAUACAUCUGUAUUAUUUCAAUUUACCAAAAGCAUAAACUUAACAAAUAGACAAGCUAUAGAUAGGAUCAGGGAGUUGUUCACACCCGGAAUUUAGUGUACAAAUUUGUAGAGGUCUUGGAAAUUAGUUGGAACUCUUGAUAAUAGUUUGAAUAUUUUUAAAUUUUGGAAGUUAGGUGUUCAUAAUUUUUUCUUGUGUAUAAUCCUUGAAUAGGACCUACCUACAGACUACUACUAAAAAACAAACCUUAAAAGAAAUCGCCACAAGAUUCCUAAAUUUGUACAAUAACUUUUUAUACAAUUUUUAUAACCAGUUCUUUUGUGUUUUAGAUCUAUAAUCAAUAAUAAUAAUUAAGUUUAAAAUGUUUAAUUUUUUUGGAUUAUUUGUUAUCUAAUUUUGUUAUUGGUAUUUUGGUUAUUUAGUUUAAAUAAUGAUAAAAUAUUUGGUUGAUGUAAAUAUUUUUUUAAUAACAUUGGUUGAUACUAGUACUUACCUAUUUAGUACAUAUUGGAUAGGUAUAGUUUUUACUUAAUUUGUUAAGUUUAUAUUAAUAUAGUAAAUAUAAUAAUAAUACAUAAGUAAAUUAUUUUAUUUAUGCAAUAUAAAAGGUUUUACUACAAUAGGCUAUAAUCCUCCAUAGUUGACAAUGUUAAGAAAAUAGAAACCACCCUAAACAUUUUUAUCCAUUAAACUUUUGCCCUUCUAAACUUGCUUAACUGUCCCAACAGUCAUAAAUUAUGUUUUAUUUGAAGCUAUUGAGAUCUCACCCUCCAAGAAAUGUCAUUUAGUUUUGGAAGUAGGGGACACGCUGUGCGCUGUCGACUGUAUACCAACUGAACUAUAAAAUCCUCCCCCCUAUAUGUUAAUCUCUGAAUCAAUAGGACCCUUAAAUGGAUAUACAUUACAUAAAUAUAUAUAAAUAAUUUAUAUACUUCAAUUCAAGGUUUUUCCCCCCUUAAGAAUGACUAAUCCUUAGUGUAUGAGUAUUUCAUACGUGCUCAGUACUUACGUGCUAUCCUUAGAGAGAUUCUCAUAAUUCCCUAUAUAUAGUCAUUUUUUUUCAUUGCAUACAGGGUACAAAUGAAGAAUACAUUGUCUUUUAUUCAUAUAAUAUGUAAUAAUUGAAAAAUAUAAUAUACCUACUGUUGAAUAUUUAAAAUAGGUUUUUAUUUGCACUUCAAGUGAUUUUUCAUUAUAUAAUAUUCAUAUACAUAGGUUACAAAAUGCAAUAUUUAAAAUAAUCUUAUUUUCUAAAAAUAAUAUUUUUCUCUUUCUUUGUUAAUUUUCUCAACUAUCUGUUAUAAUAUGAAUAAGUAAUAAUAUUUAUUUUUCUGACUUUUAAAAUGUAUGUUAGUACGUACAUAAUAAUUCAUACAUUUGUAUUUUCUUUUCUAAAUUAAAAUAAUUUAAGUACUUAUGUGUUAACUCUAAUAAAAAUAAAAAUAAUCAACCAAUUAAUAAUGAUUUUAAAAAACAAAAAACCAAAUUUGUUCACGAUAGGUGUUCAGAAUAUUUUGUAUAUAUAUAUAGGACAUAGGUAGAUUAAACUAAGUUAAUUACUUCAUAAACAUAAUCUCUUUUGAUACUACUGAUGUAAUUAAUUAAAUUAAUGUUUGCUUUAGUACUUAUAUAUAAAUAUUUUACUAUUGCCUAUUAAUUUAUAUGAUGUUACAGGUAGGUGGUAGUAAUACAUUAGAAUUUCAAUAAAAUUUGUUAAAUUUCAUGGUAUAUACAUAUAAUAUGCUUAGAAUAAUUUUAUCGUUGUAUUGAAAAAAUAUAAAUGUAAGUGUAUGGAUAUAAUGUGUAUGUAUUCAUAUAUAAUAUUUGAGUAUACUUUAUAUUACUUUAGUUUGCAUUGUAAAAAUGUUAAACUGUUAAUAAUAUAUCAUUAUACAAAAAAUAAUUGAUACUGAUCAACUAUACAAUAUAAUUUAUUAAAAUACUACCACACCAAAGUUUGGUAUCUUUUAUGUUCACAUGUAUGUGUAUUACCUAUAAAUAAUUUCAUGCAGAUUGGUCAUAAAUGAUUUUAGUAAAUGAUUUUCUAGUAAACAAAAUAAAGUAACCAAAUUUUUGAGGUCAUCUCGUAUUAAUUCUUAAGUUUUUUAAAAGUAACAUUUAUUAUUUAUAACUUCUUUUGAAUUUUGUAAAAAGCCGCAUUUAUGGAAUAUGUUAUUUUUUUUUUAAUAUCAUUUCUAUAACGAGUAGUUUACUUAUCUUUAAGCACACUUCACAUUAAUAGUUUUUUUAAUAAUUUAUGUAUUGAUUGUGAGUUUGGUUGCUGUACACUCAUAUAUGACGAAUAAAGAUAAAAGUCCCAGUUGAGAUAUUCUGAAACAAAGAACAUUAAGUGGGCAUAAGUAAAAAUAUAUGUGGUAUAUUUUUUUAAAUAAACUAGGUAUUUAGCUACCUAUUAUAAUUAAUUGUUUAUGAUACUUAAUGCAAAUUUGCAAUUUUUCAUGACUGAUUAAAUUACCUAUUACCAAUUUAAAAACUAUAUAGGUAUUAUUCAAAAAUACUUAUCCAGCAAAAACGUUUAUGUUUGGUUACUUAAUUAAUAUGUAAGCUACACUUCCUGUACAUUUUCCAAAGUACAAGCACUACAAAUAUUAAAAUAAUUUUCUAUAUUUUAACAAUUUAUUAAAGAUAACCAGUUCAUUAAUUAAUGAAUAGCUAACAUCUUAAAUUUCAUUUACCUACUUUAUAUAUUUAUGGGUAUAUAAAAUGUUUAUUUAUUAAUUUGUUUUAUUUUUUGACGUCUUGCAUUAUAAGUAUGUACUUACUAGACAUUUAUAUAUAUAUUAUUUUAAACUUAUUUUAGAUUCUGAGCAAAACCCAAAAUAUAUUGGUUUUACUUUGAUGUGUUCAUAUUUUUAUUCCAACAACAUUUCUACCUGAUAUCUUGAUCCAAAUAUGUAAAGCAUUUUCAUUAUUUUAAAUUUUUUCGUUCUUUGUUUUCUAACAGAAAUCAACAAUUUGACAGCCAAUUUUAUCUAGUUAGUGUGUAAAAGAAUGUUGGUGUUUAAUAUUUAUUAGAGGUUUUUUUUUUUGUAUUUCAAUUAAAAAUAAUCGUAGAGACCUGUAAUUUUGAAUAUAACUUAUAUUAGCUUCUUUUAGACGUGCUCAAAUGUUCAAAACAUUCUGUAGAGUUUUUAGCUAUUUAUAGGUAUUUGACAUUUUCUUGUUUUUUUUUUUUUUUUUUUUUUUUUUUUUCGUUUGAUGUAAAUAAAAUUAUUUGGCCUAUUAGAAAUGUUUGAAAAUUUAAAGUACAUUAUUAAGUUUAAUAUUAUACGCUUUUAUUUUUUUUUAAAAGCAAAUUAUAUUAUAGGUAUUGCUCACUGUAACAUAUUUUGUACUCAUAAAAUAUAUCUACAAUGUUAACAUUUUGUAUACCAUAAAAUACAUAAUAUUAUAAUAUUUUAUACCUAUGAGGGAGGAGGGGAGGGAGAAUGGAUAUUCUAAACUUGAGAGAACCACGUUAUUGUUUCGUCGUCGUACUCGGAAUACAAAUAUUUUCCUGCGUAAGUACCUGUUUAAACGUACCAGAUCAGUUUAUAGAUAAGCGGUGGUUUUCUUAUAAUAAUAUGCUGCGUACCAUAAUAGGGUUUCCUCGGGAAGCCGGGAUUAGAUAUUUUAUUUCUUCGAUAUAACCUCUGUGUGAAUUAUAAUACACUGCAUUUGAAUCCCGAAUGUUAUUACGCCAUCAUGACCGAGUUUAAAAAUUCAAAUUAGAGUAGAGUUAUAAUGAAUAAUAAUUUUUUAUUUUAAUCAGUUUCUUCACAUCUUUAAAUGUUUCGCCCAAAAUUACGAAAGAGAUAGGAACUUCGGGCCUUGCUAGAAAAAAAUGAAAAUAAUUGUAUAAAUUAAUCUUUAAUCCCAAGGAAAAAAUCAGACUUGUCAAUUCAUAAAAAAAAAAUUACCCAAGCUCUUCUUCCGUAGGGGCAAAGAUAUAAUAUUGAUUUAUUUUGCAUGAUAAGCAUCAUUGUCAGUAUAGACUUAGCUUAGUAUUACUUCCCGAAACCACCAAAUAGAUAAUAUUUUCUCCCGGAAACCAUCCCUGUAGUCGAAGAUCAAAAGAAAAUUUAUUCACAGACAAAAAAACGCACAUAGUAAUUCCAAUACAUUCCUCGGUUCGCUCAAGAUCCAAAAACAAUAUACAGCUGCUAUAAUUUUUUUGCUAAAAAACCGUGACGAUUUAUUAGAGAAGUGAAUAAAGAACAUUUUAAUUCAUUAUUACGAAAAUAUAUACAUCAGCUAAGUGUAAUAGUAUUAGUUAUUCAAUCGAUAUUUCGCCUAACUACUCGUAUUUUAUGCCAGUUGAUCGAGAUCAUUUUGUUACUAACAUAAAAACAAAAAAUACAUAACCAUUUAAUUACUAGAUAUCUAGAUAAAAUCAACUACCUGUUCAUUAUCUACCUAUAAAAUGAUAAAACCUAAUGUUAAAAGUGUUAAAAGCGGUGUGCAUUAGAUUUGAUGCAUAUCUACUGUAGAUAUCAAAAAAUUCAUAAUUAAUUGUAUUUUUUAUCCGUUCGUUUUUUAUUAAUUACAAAUACAUAGGUAUUACUGUUUAUCCAGAUAUGAUUCGAUUAUUUAUCUCGGACGACGGCUCAGAUAACUUCCCAAUUAAUUCUUGUAUUUAUCUAGAUAAAAUAUCUAUUUAUAAAUAAAACGAGAGUCGGGCGUGUACUCAAAUUUGGAAAUAUUCCGAGCAGAAUGGUUGAUUCGGCAAUUUAUUUGCGCUCGUUGCACACUUUGUUUACUCGUGUAAUCAACGAUUUUAUUUAUCAUCAAAAGAUAUAAAAUGUAAAAACUAUAUAGGUACAAAUCGUAUUUUAAUCUCAUCUCGAAAUCCGAAUAUUUCCGACAAGAAUACCAUAUCGACGAUUUGAGUUAAUGUAAAAUUAGAUUGUUAUGACGAUGACAUAUUUUGACGUGCCGAGAAUUAUUCAUAUGGAGUCUUUACUCUAAAACGAGGAUAAUAAUAUGUCGAUUAAUAGAACGGCUUAUUGUUCCACGGUGUACGGGGCAGUAAGAAAUGCCCUUACGAUUGCAAAGUACUACUCGGCGAUUUUCGCGUACUCGAAUCGAUUUCGAAAAUAAAAAAAUAAAACGUUACUCUAGACGAAACGAAAUACCGGUUGUACUUGUACCGCGCGACCGCAACUAUUAAGGGCGCGAAGGAUUUUUCGUUAAAUACGUCCGCGCGAUCGGAACGUGUGGCGCCGGACUCGGUCGUAUUUUUUUUUUUUUUUUUAAAUUUUUUUUUUUCAUUAUUAUUAUAUUUUUUUUUAAUGAGCCGCCGGCGGAGUCUGCGGUGUUUAGUGUGGAGCAGCUCACAACACUACACACACACACACACACACACAUAUGCGCGCGAGACGAGCACCACAGCCGCCGCCGCAUCCGCAGCCGUCGACGACGGUGUCCUUGACCCUCCCCUCGGGCAACGCGCACACGGCCGUCGGUGGCCGGACGUGGUUUCUCGUCGCUCCGUAUAUUAUAAUAAUAAUAAUAAUAAUACCUAGUAAUCAUAAUGAUAAUGAUAAUCAUCGUUUGUUGUCUCGGACGUCGUGGUAAUCGCCCCGCGUACUACGUGCGCACGCACGCACGGUGGUGCGUGUUGUACGCACACGUAAAUCGCGCCGAGGUGUUGGGCGGUUCACGCCUACCGCGCGCCGCGCGCCCGUCACGAUUCCGCCGGGCGAACGUAUAAUAAUAAUAAUGAUGAUGAUGAAAAAAAACAACAACAAUAAUAAUAACGAAUACGAGACGAGGAAAAAAAAAAUGAAAGAUUCGGAUCUCGGAAUUUAUAUUUAUGAGAAACGAUUUGCAUCCGUCCCACUGCAACAACAAUGCGGUGUCGUAUACGUGUAUUAUAUUUUUAUUGUAUCGAUGGCGACCCGCCGCCUCCGACUUCCGCGCUCCGAAAUCGCUUCUCGUCCGCCUAUCGUAUCUCGGGGCGUUUGAAUCCGGUCCUCGGCCGACCCCGUUCGGACUAACGCGAAAAUUGUUUUUGCUUUGAUGCUUUUUUUUUUUUUUUUCUCGAAACUCAUAUCAUAUUGUCGGUUCUGUUCGACGAGUGUUUUCCCGGUAACGGACACCGCGGAACCGUCCGCCCUUUUACGAACGGGGCUCAUUAACAUAAGUGAAGACCUGCGGCGGAGAAAAAAAAAAAAAGGAGUCCGACGAGAUGUUAUUAUUAUAAAAUGCCCGUAUGUCGAUCGGAACGUGUAACAAUAAGAGCCGCGUGACACGUCUUACGAACGUGUGCGACAUUACAAAUUUCCGUUCAGCGGGAACGACAUUGUUAGUUGUUAGUUUCGAUAUUCGAAUAUGAAUUGACCCGUGAUCAAACUCAAAGAUAAGAGUACAUUAUACGCGUUGGGUGCUCUAUUUUGUUGGUAUUUUAUUUUUUAAAGAACGUUUUGAGUAAGCGGAAUAUUACGAUUUUAAUAUGUUUAUGAUGUUUAUGUCGCACACAGACAAUGACAUUAUGUUCUUAUCUUUAAUAAUAGGUCAGUUCGUUUUAACAUUAUUAAAACCAACGGCACAUAUUUGUCGUCCCUGUUGAAUGCAAAUUCAAUAUGUCAUACGUUUGUAAGACGAAGACAGCACGUACGGGUAUACGUCCUUUUAAAUAAAAAAAUAAUACUAAGGACUACUGUUAUCGUAUAGAUAUUUAAUAUUUUAUGCGAAAACGGUACUAGAACAUUACGAUUUAUAUAUUAUAACAUAGACAAUCAAAUUGUACAUGUUUUUCUUUUAGAGUUAAAAAUCAUGUUAUUCUAAUUUAUUUAGGAUUUGCAAUGUGGUUAGAUUCUGGAUGAAACGAGAAAUGUAUGGGUGAUUUGUGGUAGAACAUUUUGUCUGGUUGUAUUGAGGUGCAUUAGAGAGGGAAACAUUUACGGAAUAUCAACUGCCCUGUUUCUAUUAAUUUCGAUUUCGGUUCGUUUAAUUCAAUAUAAAAUAAUAGUAGCUGGCACUUUAUAAUAUCAUAGACUUUGCGGUAAAAUUUUCAAAAUAUUCUGGCGUUCUUCGAGUUGUUUAUAGAUAUAUAAUGCGAGUAUUUUUGGUUGUAUUGCGUGCGGAUUAAAAAGAAUGUUUGUAAUUUAUUUUAAUUGGCAUUUUUAAAUUCCAAAUUAAUAUUAAAGUUCGUUAUUAACGUGGCAUACCCUCCUCUUUGCAGUCUUAUAAAAACACAACCAAUAUUGUAACUUACCUAAUCAAUUUUGUGGCUAUAAAUUAAUAUUUAAUGAAACAGGCGUGUUUUAGCGAUAUUUUUUCACCACAAUAUUGUAUCAUAGCUGAAUGGUCUAUUCAAAAAUAGGCUGUUGGAAUCAGCAAAUGAUUUAAAAUUAUGCUUCUGGCUUCGUAAUGUAUGGUUUUUACUAGAGUUUUAGAUUCCGAGCAUAGCGUGAUAAAAUGUCCAAAAUCAUCAGACGAAUUUUUUUUUUUUUUUUGAUAUGCGUUUUGAAAUCAAAUUUUAAAGAAAAUCGCAAAAAAGUGAUGGCACUUCAAAUUAUUUAUUACCGAACUGUGCUCGGAAUCGUCUUUCGUCAACAAUAGUUUAUCGUUGUUUACAGAUAUAAAUGAAAUAACCUUAUGUAUCCUACCUUCCCAACUUCUCACUUAUAAAAAUGGCCGCUCCCUUCCCCAGUAUCAGCUCUUUUUUUUACUGUUUUUUUGUUUUGUCGUGUCUAAACAACUUUUCUAUCAGAUAUCUUACUCCAAUAAAAUACUUUAUAGUAACUUUCUUGUUACAUUUUUGAUCUAUUUGGUGCAUUAGGACAUUUUUUAAUUUUCCUAUUAAUCAUAUGAAUAAUUGGGAAAAACUGACAAUUUUUGUUGGUUUUUGAGUUAUCUUAAUGAGGGAAAAUAUGUAACUUACUAAUAUUUUACUCAAAACCAUUUUCUGUUAGCGAUGGUUCCCUCCUAAAACAGUGGCACACCCGUCAGCAUGUAUAAGUCUUUUUUUACUAUGUUUAUAAAAAUACAUAAAUACGAAUUUUUUUAUUAUACGAUUGUAUAGUAUAUAUACUAUAUAGUUUAAUAUAGACUAUAAUUAUUUCAUUAUUAAUCUAGUACCGGGAGGAGGAAAAUAUAGGAUACUAGGAAAUAUAUUAAAAGUUGGUCACCGUUGAAUGUUAUGAUUAUUUUAUAUCGAUGUAAAUCUAUACGUGAGAGUUUAUAAUAUGUUUUAUGAAUACUACGCGCUCUCUAGAUGAUUAAUAACUAAAAAAAAAAAAACAGUAAUAAUAACGCGAAGUUACGCUGGCACUCCCAUCAGCAAAAUGGUAAUUAGAACAAUUAGCGGUUAUAAUAAUAAUAUAUUAUAAUAUGUGUACGAUGAUGUAUAUAAUAUUAUGCAGUAGUCGAUGUAUAGCCUGCCGUCAUCAUUAACAUUAUAAUAUUAUAAAAUAUAUUAUUAGUAUAAUAUACAUUUGGAAUUUUUUAAUUCGACGACUUUUGUGCGAUGCAUGCACAUCAUUAUACAGAACGAUCGAUGUAUUGUCUUUUAUUCGAAAUUUGUUUAUUUAUUUGGGCAAUUUAAGAAACAAACGGCUCUGAAAUUAUACAUUACAUACUCGUACGUUAUUUUUGAGAGCGAAACCACUUACUCGCCUUUGAUUUUCAAAUGGUCUAACCGAUAUUAAAAAUGACAUAUUAUAAUGUAUUAUACAUUUUGAGUUUAAAUACAUUUGGGUAUUGAUAAGAUAUUCCAAUUUUAAGUUUAAAAUUUUGUGGGUAGGAUGAGAGAAGAGGAACAAUAUUUGUGAGUUUGCAUGACGUGUUUGAAUAGUAUUCCACUACUAUAUCUCGUCAACGGAUUAGAUGGGGAAACUAAACAUUUUAACUCCAAAAUGAUGUAUUUAAACUAAAACUAUCAAUUUAUGGAAUUUUUUAAUAUAGGUUCAUGUAUGUAGGUUAUUCGAAAAUCAAAAAUAGAUAAUGGAUUCGCCCCCCGGUGUAAUUUAACAUUUUAGAGCUACUCGGUUUAUACAUUUUACAAAAAAAAACAAAUCGUAAUUUCAACAAAAUUAAAUAUACCUUCAAAGAUAAUCGGUGUCUUAAUGCUAUGUGGUUCAUCCUGUAUACAUCCUCGUACACAACGGUAUACGCGAUAUAUAUCUAUUAAACUCUUUGUAUAUAGUGUAUAGUGUAUACACCUAUAAAUUAUAACAAUAUGGAGGUGUGAGAGUUGUACAACACGAUUUGGAUCACGUUUUAUUUUUAUAUUUUUUUUUUCAAACGUACACGAUUAAUUUACAAUGGGUUUAAUAAGUGUCAAAACCCCAUGUAUUUAUAGUGACAGAUUAUUGUAUUAUAUAUAUAUAUAUAAUUACAGAAAGCAUGGGCAUAAUAUGGUAGAAGACAUCACUAUAACGUAAUAUACUUCUUUGUGUUGUGCGUUAUGACGUAUAACAACCGUCAGCCGGUAGGUAAUAUUUAAUAAAAUAUUGUAAUGAUACAUCACUCGUAAAUCAAUCGGCAAAGAAUAGAUAAUCAGAAAACCUUAUACUGGUAUUUUUUAACAAACGAACGUAAUUACGAAUAUAAAACAUACUUAAUUAAAUGCUCAUUGUUGUAUAGACUGUUUGAUAAUAUAGGUACCGUUCGUAUAAUACUAAUAAUAUUCUUAUGAUAUGGGUAAAGAACGUUUAGAGCAACACAAAUAUUUUAAACGGUCGUGAUCGGUAUAUGUGAUUAAUUUAUCAUUUGUUUUGUUAGAAACCGCAAUAACCGCAUACAAUUUGUUAAUGGACAGCAUAUGGGUACCGCUGGUCUACAUGAGGAUGAGGCUAUAGUUGUUAAUAUAGUAUAGUACAGUUGACAGUUAUUGACGCUGUCGUCUUUUCGUAUUUGUUUAUUUUAGUAAUCCGUGCAACAAAUCUUCCAAAUGCAUUCAUAUAAUAUCUCAUAAACUUCAACUGCUUAUUAGUGUCAGAUUUGGACCGCACUGAUUUAAAAAAAAAUCGUCACUAAAAUAAAAUAAACAGGCUUUUUGAUAUGAAAUUGCACGGACGACAAACGUUAACCACAUGAUAAUAUUGUGGUAACAUAAUAAUAUUAUUACCACGGUUGCUCGCGCGUGUUCAACUCUACUCUACUCUUUAUCUGUUUACACUAGAAAAGUGGAGUGGAGUAGUGUACUCUACUACAGUGGUUUAAAGUAUAAUACUCUACUCUGCCUAUGUACACUAUUUUAAUUGUGCUAUAAAAGGGUAUAAUUUCCGGAUGUGUGAGAGUAGUAAGUUAUUAUUACUUCUGAUAAUAUAAUUAUCGGCAUACUGGAUAUCAGGCGGACCAUUGUGACAAAUAAUUGUUAACCCUCAUUAAGUAGGUACUUAUAAUGAUAUAAAUUACGUGUGUGUAAAAGACACUCGAACGAAUUAAGUUACAAUUCGCGAUAUACUAUCGCGAAUGAAAAAUCGGGUUUGGUGCACAAACACGCGCCUUUUACACGUAGGUAUAAUAUAAUAACAGUAAAAUUAUUAUUAUUAUUAUUAUUAUUUUAUUCGUCUUCUUCGAGUUGAAAGAAUUCUUUUUUUUUUUCUGUCUAUUUUAACACGUUGCUACAAUACUGAGUAUACAGCGGCGGUGGCGUGAAAUAAGGACACGUAUUACCAGAGUUCCAAAUACGGACAUGUGCUGCGAGUACGUUGAAAUAUUUCACACUUAAAAUAUAAUACGACGACCGUUGCUCGCGAAAAUAUAAUAUGUCUCGUUAGCGACAAGGCUGCGUUAUAAUAUGAUAAUAUACCUAUUCUGUGUAUACGAUAUUUAUUAGAAGUCCAUAUGGAGACUGUGCGAGCGAAUGUGAGAAACUACUGCACAUGUGCCGCGUGCAGUCCGGAUAGUGUAUUUACAGACCCUAUCCGAGUUAGGCCCAAACGGUAGUGUAUGGCGUAAAUAUCCCGCCACCGGUCGUGGUUUUUCAUCGACUAGGUAUUGUAGGUAGGUGUUAGGUUUACACGGUUGAACUCUGGCUAAGUGGAAAUAAUGUCGAAAUAUUGAAAAGUGUCGUUAUAUAACAGUAGUUGUUCUGGUAUUUACCCGGACAAUUCGUACAUGAAUGGAUUUUUCAUUUUCUGACCGCUUUUCACCAUUAGUCGCAAUACUUUUAAGAUUCUAUACAACUACAGUGCAGUAGGUAAUAUAAUAGUAGGUAUCUAAAAAUAAUUACCAAAGUGGUAAAAAUAGAAAUUCUAACUUACGGGCUAUUUUUGUCUUUACGAAUGGAAAACCUCUGUUGCAAUAUUUCGAGAAUUUUUUCACGUUACCUAAAAUCCAAAGUUAAACCGCCAACACUUUGGACGCGUACCUUCCUCGGAACAGUAUCAUCCGUUCGGACCAACAAGUAUAUAGGUUAUUUUUCGCACAAAAAAAACCUCUUAUGGAACUAACUCUGGAAACUUUUCUCUCGUCGACAAUAUUAUUAUUGUUUAUGAUUAUUGAUAUUAUUUAUUCGCGAGAUAUUAUCGCGUCAGGUUUUUUUGUUGUGGGGUUUUUUUUUUUUUUUUUCGAGACGACCGCGGCGCGAGACGAUCCUUGAGAAAUCCGGAUUCACACACAGACCAGAUCAAAUCGGUUUUGCCAUAAAAAUAAACGUACAAAUCCUUUUGUGCAUACAAAGUUGGUUGCGUGACAAUGUGAGAAUUGUUCCGAACGGGUAUUUUUUUUUCUUCGUAAUAUAAUAUAUAUAUAUACGCGUGUAUUAUGCGAUGUAUAAAUAAUGUACGCGCGAGUAGUGGUUUUAUUUAUUUUUUUAUCAUUAUUAUUUUUACUCUUGCCGUGGAUCUUUUUUUUUUUUCUCUCUCUCUCUCUCUACUUCUCCGUAAUAACAGAGCUGCUGACGAGGAGGACUUUUACGGACGUGAUACUAUACGCGCGGGAUAGCUGAUGGCAUCCGGAUAAUGGGAGUAAAACGCCUGCAAAUGACACACGCGCAACAACGACAAUUUCGUGUACGACGACGGCGGCGGCGCGGCGGUACGUGUGUGCACGCACAUCACGCGGGAUUAGACCGGCCGGUGAAUAAUAAUAACGACUCGAGAAGAGAGAAAGAGCGAGAGAUGAAGAGCGGAUGAGAGAGAGAAAAGAGAAGUCACCGAGACGCGAACGGUUCGGUGCCAGAUGGUCCGAUGGAGAAAACCGGUCGGCCACACGUUUGUCUCGUUAUGGUCAACUAACCGUGUUCGCGGCGGCUCGUACUUUUUUUUUAUUAUUAUUAUUAAUACGAGUAUAUAUUUUAUAUAUAUAUAUAUAUAGCUGCCGGGCGUUUUAAAUUUGAUGAUAAAAAAAAAUAACAAUAAAAAAAAAAAAAACCAAAGGAAACCCGUGCAGUGUGUUUUCUUGUGUCUGUGGACCGUUGAAAAACUGCAGUAUUUUUGUAAAACGUUACAAUUAUUAUUAUUUCGUCUUUGUUUUGUUUUUUUUUUUCUUUCUUUUAUCGCAGCCUCUUCUUACUGUAGUAUUUAUGUAAAAUGUACAUACACGAUUCCCCGUAUCUUAAUUGCAUUCCGGGAGAGGGAGGGGGAAAUACUGUUUCUAUACAAUAUUUAUACGCAGGUAUAAUAUGUAUGUUGUAAGCAUAUAAAUGUGUGCAUAUUACGAGUAUUUCGUCCUGCGCAGGACACGCCGACGCGUUUGAUUCGAACGUGUUUAUGACAAUUGGUGCAAACGACCCAUAAAUGAAGAAAACAAUUUUGAAAAACCCGAGGUGUCUGCCGAAGGAUAGAAUUACGUGAUAUUAUUCCUUUUUUUUUUUUUUAUUUUUUUUUUUUUCACUAGUUCGUACGCCUCUUAUUCGAAAGAAAUUGGAUUAUAGAGGUUUUUUGACGGUAGUGAUGUAUAAUAUUAUUAUUAUAAGGUCAUCUCGCAGCUAAACCGACGUGUGGUGGUGUACAUUAUAUUUUUAUAUAAGUACCUAUAUAUAGCUGGGUAGGCCCGAAUAUUAACCUAUGUCGAAGGUUUACCAUUUUUUUUCCUCUCGAACAAAAGAAAACAAACUGUGUUUAUUGUUCCCGUUGUGAUGGUCGUAAACCGAAUACGUGACUUUUUCGAAAUAUUCGGAAUAAUAAUUUCGGAUCGUGUUCUCGACAAACAAACGGAACAGAAAAAAAAACUCACAGAAUCGUGUAUACUGUAUUGGUACUUAUAUUGUAUAAUCUGUAUAGUGUUACGAUUGUUGGAUUUUCGGUUUAGGUUAUAGAACACGUUUUUUAAUUUUUCACGUGCAAACUUCUACAUUCCUUUUAAACGCCCCUUAGGGAUUGGAUUUUAAAAAGUCUAUAUUGUAUAUUAUAAUAAGAAACGUUAAUGCGAAAUUCCAAGUUUCUAAGCUUAGUGGUUUGGACAGUGCGUGAAUAUGUCAGCAGUUUCUUUUAUAUAAUAAAUAUACAUGUAUUAUAGUUUAGACAAUUAAUUCAUAAUUACACAUUAAAUUCUGAGUAUAGCAAAAUGUAUAUAAGCUGUUUGUUUCCUUGGAAAACAAUUUUUCGGUUAGUAAACAUUUUUCAAACUUCUUCAAUUAAUUUUCAAUGUUUAAAUUUUUUUUUUUUAAAAAACCCUGUAUUUAUUAAUAAUAAUACUUUGGUUUGGUUUCUGAGUUACCUUGGCUUCAAGGAGAAAACACUAUUGAUAGUAAAUAUUAUAACCUUCACCCACAGUUUAGCGAGCUCGACUCAGAAUAAUUUUUUAAUUGCAAUUUUUUGUCGUUAUUUUCAGUCUAUAAACUAAAUCCAAUAUAUACCUUUAAAACUCUCCACCUAUAACAGUGGCAUAUGCCCGUGGUACGGACUAUGUCUAGAUUUUUAAAAUUAUUUAUAUACGAUGAUGUGUACCGUAUUGUAGUGUUUAAUGUAAUAUUUUUUGGUUUGUCGUCUGCAUCAUUUAUCAUGGCGUUUUUUGUACUGUAAAUUGACACAAUUUUCUCGGAGUAAACACCUCUACCUAUCGUUAUUUUUUGCUUUUGAAAUUAUCGCGGCAAUACGAAAACCUAUCAGCCUGCUGCAAACUGAGUUUAUAUACGUAUUACUAUUAUACACACAAAUACACAAUACGCGUAUACGUACUCCUUUGGUUGUAAUUGGAUUUUUCUUUGAUAUUCUAUACCUAUACACUAAUUUCGUGUCUUUUUAACGAAAAAUACCCUUUAUAAUGAUAUUUCAAUGACAAUGAAACGAUGAAAAUUGAUGUGAACGUAGCGUAUUCGUCGGUAGUUUGUCGGACAAAAAGCGUGACCGGUAAACUAGCGUUUUUCCAUCGGAAAAAAAAAAAACCAUGGAAAUAAAUUAUUAUACCGAUACACGGUGGACGGACAGGCCAAGGCUUCUCGAGCGAAGAUGGCGGGUAUUGUAUUUUUUUGAUAAUGUAUAUCUAUAUACUCACACCUGGUCUUAUUCACAGUACCCUAUUGUCUGAUAAAAUAUACAGGUGUCGUUGACACUGGCUGCGUGUUUUACACACAUACCGUCGCGAUUCUGUCGGGCUCGCUGCCUAGCAUUGAAUAUGUCACAUUCGGCAUUUUUUAAAGGUUUUUAUCGCCACACGAUAUAUCGGAAUUUCCUCCCGGUCGGGCGAUUAACGUUAAAUACAAUUUAUGUCACGGUAUAAAUAUACGUACAAUUAUUUAUUAAAUGUAUAAUAUAAAACUACAUCAAACGCUAUACAAUAUUAUUAUAUUAUAACUACCUACUGCGCUUGCCUUCCAUGCGAAAUUUUCAGCUGAAGUAUUUAUGUAAUGUAUGUUACAAUUUGUAAGAUAUGCAUUUUUGGUGGCAUUCGUAUUUAUCGUAAAAAUUUAAAUUUUUAAAAUUACUCCUUGUAUAGUUUCGUAAAUUUUAUCUAGUCAAUACAUUGGGUAUGAGUUCGUUUUUGAUUUUCCUUCUUGUUUUUUUUACAUUUGAGGAAAAAUAUAAAAAUAUACAGAACAACGGUUUUGUAAUUUUUAAACUUUUUUUUUUUUUUUGUAAUCUGGUUAAACCUAAUCGUAAAUACCUAGAAUAUUCACAGAGUACUGAUAUUAGUCUUUUCUAGACAUAGUACAAUUUUCAAAACAUUCUUGCAGCUAUUUACAGGAAUUUUAAAUUUUAGUCGAGCAUAAAUACUUUAAAAUUGUAUGCGAGGUUCAUGAUAAAUUGUAUUUGAUGGUAAAAACCAAAACUUGUUUUCAUAAGUGUUCAAAUAUUAACGAAAAUAAUUUUGUUAAAUCACGACAUUUCAAAACGUAUUUGUGCGAACUUCGUUCAGAAUCAUUUUUUGAUAAAAGUAGUUUAUCGUUGCGCAUAACGAAAAUAUAUAGGUAAUUAAAAUAAAGGCUGGGCUAAUACUGCUGAUUGGUGUGAGUACACAAUGUGCUAAUAUUUUAAAAGGAAAUAAGGAAGGAUCGAUGCGUAGAAUAAUUUAUUUUACAAUUACGCUACCUACGAUAAACUAUUGAUAACGAAUAAGAUUUCUGAACAGAGUAUUAUUAGUCGUAUUUUUUCCCUUUUUGUCAAAAUGACCCAAAAAUUAUACAAAAUAAUUGUCAGUUUUGUCCAUCUAUUAAAAAAACGACCUCCCAACUAAACCAAAAGUACAAUAAAAAUGUUCUUAUCACGUGUUUGGAGCAAGAUUUCCGGUUAAAAAGUAUAUAAAUAACACAUAAGUAAAAGCCGGGAACAAACAAUACAUUCUACGUUUCGUUCAGAAUCUAAAAACUUACAACAGGGUGUGCCACCUACAACAGUGGCACACCCGUCAGCAGUAUCAGCUUUGUUUUCUAAUACUAAUUCAAUAGAUAAUAUUAUAAUUACCUUAUCAACUAUAGAUCAUAUAUUCAUAUACAAGUACUUAUAUAAUAUUAUUAUGUAUGAUUUUUUACACUGUAGACCAUAUUACAAUGCUGUAGACCCUACAGUAUUAUAAUAUAAUUACACCACCGUUACAGAUAAAUUAUUAACAAUUGUAUAAUAAUUGAAAACGAUAAUUAACAAAAACACGAAAUAACGAUAUUUUCUUUCCUUAUCUUAAAACCGGAAGAAUAUAAUAAUAUUUUAAAAUACGCAUUUUUUACACCGUGUAUACGGUCAUAUACAUUCAACGUAUUCUGUUUGAAGGGAAAAAUACAAUUUGUUGUUAGAAAUAAUACAAUAUGUAUGUAUUAUCGUCGUUAUUCUAAUAGUUACAAUAUUUAUUUAUCUUUUAACUAAUAAAGAAAACUGUUUUUAACUAAUGGAAGAAAAUAUUAUUUGACUGGAUUUUAAAAUUUUAAAUGUGGAUUUGGUUGUUUUUUUUUUUUUUAUGGGUUAUGUAGAUUUUCAAUAUGUGCGUGUUUUUUCAAAACACACAUCAUAGUAAAAUCAACGUAUUUCUCGACACGCUUAAAGUACACGAACCCCGGUUCGCUACAUUCAGAUGUUCAGAAUCUAAAAUGUUGUUUGUUGACUGUCUCCAAACUCCGUUUAAAAUGUACGUUUUCGACAAAAAAACGGUUCAAGGAUAUUCGUUAAAUUUUUAAUAAAACGUGACGAACGUUGUUGUAUAGAGUUUCUCGGAGCGGUGUGAACAUGUGCAGCUGUACGCGUUUACACUGACGACGAGAGGGGUGUCUUAUGACGUUUCUAAACAGGUACUCACUUUUUAUAUUAUUAUUAUUCUCAUCGGAAUAUUAUAAUAAUAAUAAUAAUAUUAUUAUGGGGUUCUCCGUGCUAUUGUGUAUAGCGCAUUGGUGGUGCACAUGUGUUGCUGUUGCUGUUGUUGGUCGUUCGUACGAGGGGUCGUCAAAAGAAAAAUCCGUAUGCACGGUGCGAGCGCGGCACCCCCGCCCCCUUUGUCGUACCCUCUGCUCGCCGUGCGGUACGUGAUUCCGAUGCGCGAGAACAGAUUGUGUGCGCGUCUCGGGACGGAGAAAGAAAGAAAACCGGUCGCGUCCAUAUUAUUAUGCAGCUGCCAACGCCGCCGCUCCGCUGUCACCCAUUGACGGCGGCUACACGGCCUGUGCGUGCGAGAGAGAGCGGUCGAGCGAGAGGGCGAGCGAGUGGAAGGAAGGGCGGCUACGGAGCUCAACGCAACAAAUCUCGUGGCGGCGGCGUGCCUUGUUGCACGUAUCGUAGCGAGUCGUGCGCGCGCGUGUGCGUGUAUGUGAGUCGCGCGCGCUCUCGUUUAUACGUUAUACACCUUAAGUGUCGGCGUUGGCGGGACGGAGAGGGAAACCGAAAACCGCAACGCGGACGAGAAUACGUUGCCGCCUCCGUACGCAUACUAUUAUAGAGAACGCGAUUGUUUCUCCGCCGCCCCGACACCCGACACCUUUAAUCUCGGGCGACGGGCGCGACACGUUCACGCUCGACGUGUCCAGCCUGUCGUCUUGUAGCGUAACCGCACGCAGACGAGCGCAGCCCGAGAGAAUUGUAUAUUUUAUAAUACUGUAACACAAUAAUCCUCCUCCGUGGCGAGUCUCUCUCUCUCCUCCCACGGUCGACGGUUAUUUUUUUUUUUUGUCCGUAUCCACGGUAAUCCGACUCCCCCGGAAUCCAGCCGACAACGGCCGCUCCCGUAGUCGUCGUUUUAGUUUCGAAAAUACGACGCCACAGCAAAUGUUUCAACUUGAAUAUUAUACCGGAUAAGUUCGGAUUUGGAAGGCAUGACAAAAUGUAGUCAAUACAUUUACAUAUUUACAGGUUCGGCGGUACGAGAGAACGGUAGAUUUAAAGAGGGCGUUGUAGCUAAGCAAAGUUAAGCGUGGCUGAACGGAUUUGAGGAAAGCGACAAUAAGAGUGCGUGUUGUGUGAUAAAAAAAAGUAUUAUAAGGAUGAAAAGGACAUUUUAUAAAGCCGUCAUUGAAGCCAAAUAUGGAACAAAAAUGGAAAUAGCAGAGAAUGUUAAGUUGUAGGAUCUGCAACCAAGUUGGGUAGGAAUAGAAACUUAGAUUAUGUUCUAGGAGUAGAGGGGAAAAUUAGAGAGAAUAUAGAUUGAGGGACACGUAUAAUUAAAUAAAAGAUCGGAACGUGUAUAGAUAAAUAAACCGGGGAAGAGGAAAACCAAAGAAAAAGUGGCUAUAGAGUUUCUUUUAAGGGAAAUCCCGUAUCUAUCGUCAUGGUAGGUGGAAAAAAAAGGCGACGUGAAGAAUGAGAAUAAGCCCAUUUGAGUGGGAUAAAGGUAAAGAGGAAGAAAGAAUGUACUAUAAUAUUAUACUCUCAUUGCGUAACAACCGGUGUAAUUUACCGCUGCACAUUUUUUUUAUUUGUGAAAAACAUAAUAUACCACGACUACGCACUUUUUACCAUUUUUCUUAUUGUAUUAUUGUGUAAAAACAUAUUCUAAUAUGAAUGUUUAUCGGAAGAAAAACAUUGUAAUAUUUUUCUUCCCGCGAUUAUAAGCUUAUUAUUAGAUGUAUUAGAUUUGAUAAAAAAUAAUAUUUUAUUAUAUCAUUAUACUUCGCAAAACUCAAUAGUUCGAUAGUAUUUUAUAUUAUUGAAAGUUCAACGCUGCCGACUAAAUUUCCAUCGUAACCAGCGAUCAAUUUUACAAAUUUUUAAUUUCUUUGAUUCGUAUCAGUUUUUAUUUGCAGUAAUUUAAAUUUAUGCUACGGAUAAGGUGCCCAUUUUAUUAUAUUUGACAAUACCGAAACCCAUAAUCCAACACAAUCUAAAUAUAUCGAUGGUAUCCGACAACCUUCAAACUGAUCUAUCGUUUGAUUGAAUUUUAGAAGCCAUAAGGUAAUUCAUUGCCAUCCAUUAUGUGUAUCACAUCGUGUUAUAAAUUUCAGAAAUAUUUUUUCGCCACACGGUUAAAUAAUUUAUAAUCAUGACACACGUAAAUAUUAUUAUUGUAUUAUAAAAAAGUGUUUUAUACACUUAAAAGACGUUUAGUUUGGUCCUGUGCAGCACCCAUAUACUAUUAUACGAACAUUUACUAAAAUAAAACGUCGCACGCGGCGGAAACGUAUUAUUUUGUACAUAGGUGUACAAUACCUAUUAUAAUAAUCAUAAUAAUAACACACGAAAUAAAAUAAAAACCCGGUGGGCCCCGCAGACCAAACGAACGCUUGAAAUUGUUAUAUUUUUUUUCCAUUUAUAAUAUGAACGCGUGUAUAAUAUAAUAUAUGUAUACUGCGCGCUGUUGCCCGGUUCCUUAAAAGCAAUAAAACUGUAAACGUCUAAACGGCGACGGGGCAGGUACGAAAAACCCAUCGGUUUUAAUUAAUCUUUGGGUAUGAUAAGAGAGAGGGAGAGAGAGAGAGAGAGAGAGACAGAAAAAAAAAUAUCCACCUCUGUCCGGCGGCGAACUCCUACGUGUUUAAUACAAUAAUAAUAUCGUACGCGCAAGAGCGACAAUGCGGGCAUUCAAGUCUCCCGGUAUAUACGUUUUUUUUUUUUUCUUCUCUCCCUCGCGCGAUUUAUAACCGAUUAAUAAUUAAAUGUCUCUCGUCGGUAACACCAUAUUAUGCCGCCCACUGACACAUAAAUCAUAAAUUAUGUAAAUGCGCGACCGUAUAUAUAAUAUAAUAUAAUAUAUUAUUAUUAUUAUUAUAAAAUAUUCAUUCCGACAUAACACGCCGUAUUCAUAUUUAUCAUGACGCGGGUUUUUUAAUGGUUUUUUUUUUUUUUUUUCCUGAGGUGUGACAGAUUCGGUCGCAUUGUUGUAAAAUACCUCAUCGUAUGCGCAGUAAGAUUUGAAAUCGACUAUAAUAAUAAUAUGUACUGAAGCCGUGGCUAUAUAUAUAUAUGUAUACCUAUAUAGCAAUGACGUGCGUAUAAUAUUAUAUAUAUAGACGCGGGUCGGGUUUUUAUUAUUGUUCAAAACGUUUUUAUGUAAAAGGGGUUAGUUGGUUUGACCCAAACGACGACGCGCGAGCGUAUCCAUUUUGAAUUUUUGUAUACACAGCAGCACAACUGCUGCUGCAGUCGUCGGGCAACCGCCGCGCUCUUUGUGCACAAUUUUAUACGUAUUUUUACCUGUUGUUAUAUAUAUAAAUAUAUGUAUACGGGAUUAAUUCCUCUCCUUAUACCUCCGUUGCUUUUAUGAUGUUUAAUAUUUAUAGGGCUUUGGCAGUAACAGGUGUUUUUUCUUUUUUAAUUUUUUUUUUCUUUUCUGUAUAGGUUAAGCGGGGGAGGAUUUGAAUAGAGGAGGAUAUUUUAUUUAAUCUCUAUUCAAAACGAUUUCUCGUCGUCAUCGUGGCUACGGGUAUAUACACCUAUAUAAUACAAUAAGGUAUUUUAAAAUGUUUAAAAGCUUUGGAAAUAAAACCAAGAUACGCCAAUGGCAUAAACGGACGGUAUUAUUUUUAUUAGAUACUAUUAUGCGCUGCACGUUAAUGAAACGCAGUUUUUUAUUACACCUCAAUUACACGGAUACAUCACUCGUAUAUUAUAAUAUUAUUAGAAAUUAUAUAUGAAAAAACAUAAAUUUGCAGCAGAUUAUAUAUAGGCACCAUUUCGUUUGUAUAUAAUAUGUUAUAAACGUUACAGUUUAAAUGUUGAAUCUAGCGAUGAUCAAACCCAGUCUAAGACGUUCUUGUUCUUGCACUUCAAGUUUUGGUCUUAGCAGUGGCGUAUUUACGGGUUUUUAGUAGGUGCCUAAUAGUAUAAUAUGUUAAUAAUAAUAAUAGUAAUAAUAGUUUAUUCAAAAGAAGAAUAAAACGGGCAGAAGCCCGAUAGUACAAAGAAAAUGUAGAGAUUAUAAUAUAUUAAGAGAUAAUAAACUAAAUUAAAAUAAAUAGAAGUUUUGUAUUAGGUAUUUAGUAUCACAAAUCAAUAUUUAGGUACAAGUUGAAAAUUAUCGCUAAAAGUGAAAAGAAAAUUUCGUGAAACUCAAAAAAGAUGAAUUGGAAAAAAUUUCAAAUAAUUUGUGCUUUCUUAUUGGUUAAAUUGGUAAACACUGUUCAAAUACAUACAAUUUUCGUAGAAAAUAUUGCUUUCUGGAGGGGAAAUAUUUUGCAAGACUACAAGACUCGCAUUGAUCUUUUUUGUUGUAUUUUGAAUGUGUAGUUUAUGAAUUGUGAGGUUUUUUUUUUUUUUUUUUCAAGCGGUUUUCAUGAAUCAUAAUAAUUGGGAAACACGGGAAAAUUGAUGUAUUUAUACAAGUAAUAAUAUUUUUGAAAAGGUGAAUAAUGACAUGAUUCAUUGAUUUUUUAGCCCAGCUCCUUCUCAGUUUUUCCUAGAAAAUUUUUUUGUCUUCUGUAAAAUAUGGUUUUAGGGACUUGUCCCCUUUCUGCAAUUAGCGAUUACAAGGCCAGAUGCAUACUUUGUUACAUUUUUUUUUUUGGAUACGGUAUUGGUGAGGGAUAUGUUUUCGAAAUACUGCAUCACUGUUGCUAAUAAAAUAUAUUGUUCAAUAUCAUCAUUUUACAGUCCGAUUGAACGCAAUAAGAGAUCAGAUAAUGUUGAUGUAUAGUUUUAGUUGGUGACGAUUGUAUCACAUGAUUGGUCAUUUAAUGGCAGUAUACCUACGAAAUUUCCAAUGAUUAUUAUGUUGUUAUUAUUAUUAAACAUUUUAUAACAUAAAAUUAAACAUCUCUGUUUACCUUUUAUUUAAGAUCAACUAUAAGAUUAUAACUUUAUUUUUAGAAUGUAUCAAUGCAUUUUAUUAUUCAUGGAAUAAUGAAAACGAAAAACAGGAAACCUAAGGAAAAAAAAUUAAACGAUAAUAUAUUAUGUAUCUAUAUUUAUACUGCAGUAACCAAAUGAUAUUAGGUCUAUGAAAGAUGAAUUUUAAUGAGUAGAAUAUUCGGGCUACCGGUUUUUAAUAGGCUUUGUCUCAAAGCUAAUGGCGCGUCGGCACCAUACUAUACCAAUACAUUAUACAAAAAAGAUUUCCAGCCGUCACUUUUAAUCGUCUCGACAGUAUACAUUUUUACUGUUAGUUGUUACCACGACGUAUAAUAUAAUUUUGUUACCUAAUUAUGCUCACAGUCAAGUAAAAUUGUGUACGCCUAAACGGUUUUUUUUUUUUAUUUGCAAAUUGUUUAAUACUAAUGAAUGGCUUUAAAAUAAAUCCGUAAUUUAAAAUGUAUAACGGUAAAAUUAAAAAGGAAAUAAAGAACAACUAUCAACUAAUACUGUAGACAAUAAUAAUAUAACACUGGCGAUUUUCAAUGUCUUCAUUUUUUUUAUUAGUUAAUUAAAAAGCAUUUGUUUGUAUAUUAUGACGCGUAGCAAAUAACGGGUUUUGAAAAUCCCCCACGGGACAUUGGAUAAUAAAAAUGAAAAUUUGAAUUUCCAAAUAUUAUCUUGAAACAUUUUUUUUUCGUAAUAUUUUGCUUACUUCAAAAAAACCUUUAUUUUUGUAUUUUUCGCUGAUUUUCCAUUGUUGGAUCUUUCCCAGUUUCCUUAGAUAGUUGUAAUUUAUUUUUAUAAUUUUUACUGUAAACUGGUAUUUUUCAGUAUAUUUAGGUUAUUAAAUUCCGGGUUCUAGUUACCACAAUGUUUAAGAAUUUUUUUUAAAAAAAAAAACAUUUUCCGCAUUUGACGGUAAGACUUGGAGGGUUAUAAUGCAUUUUUGAACGUGUUUAAAAUGUUAUCUUCCACCCAUAUAAAAAUUCUAAAUACACUAGGACCUAGUGACCAGGUACUGGCUUCGCUCCCAUCGUUUUCGAAAUAUUGAAAUUUACCAAACCACCUAAUAAUUAAAUUAUUUAAUUACAAAAAAAUAAUUAUACAACACAUUUUUUCAGUGCAUGGAUUAACAUGUUAUUGUGAACACCAGUGUCCAAACGGUCAACUAAACGGAACGUGUACAACUUCUCGAUUUUCACAAUGUUUCAGCGCUAUACAAGAAGAAAUGAACGACGAUGGCGGAUAUGAACGAAUCGUAUCUUAUGGGUGUCUGGCCGCCGGCGAGCAAGGCUUCUUGCAAGUAAGUUAAAAUCACCUUGCAUUUUUCUAAGCUAAAUUGACCGAGAUAUUUGAAAAUAAAUGUCAAUAAAUCGAUUUGUACCUUUAAAUACGUUCAGUGUUUUCAAAAAGAUACUAUGCAAUUUAGAUACCUACUCAUAUUUGUUCACCUAUAGUCGUUUAAAUAAAAAAUUUCAUGUCCAAGAUUUAAGAUGUAUAUUUCUUUUGAUAAUUAAUUUAAUUAUUUGUCAACAUUUAUAAAAUACAAACCAUAUCAGUAUUAUUUAUUUAUUAGUUUAAAUGUGUUCAACUAAUUUUGGAAUUGCCGCCAGUUAGCUAUAGAAAUGACAUGAAGUUAAAAACUUGUUUGAAUAAAUUACAAGUAGAGUUUUAAAGAAAUUCCUCAGAAUAAAUACCUAUGUUCUUUUACGUUCAACAAAAUAUAUAUACAAGAUAAAUAAAUAAAUAAAUAUAUAUAUUUAUUUAUUUAUCUUGUAUAUAUUUUUUAUAAAUGGACUUGUUGAUACUGUCAAUUGUUGCAAUUAUUUCAUUCUAUUCAUUUUUUCUCAGUGUAAAAGCGCCAAUAGUAUGUAUGGUCUAGCCAUUCAAUGUUGCAACUCAGAUAUGUGCAAUAAAGGCAUAACGCCCCUGUACAUACCGCACACUACUUCGCCGAUGCCGCCCAAAGCUCCAAUAAAUUCUGUACCCUUUAUGGCAUUCAUGUUGUCAAUGGUCAUUUGUAUCUUAGUAGCCGCCAUCAUUAUUGGUUGGGUAUACUUAAGGUACAGAAGAAAGGAAAAAAAUCGUCUAUACGCAUUAACGUCCACCGACAGCUACAUAUCUGGAAACAAUAACCUAUUGCAAACACUUAUCGGACAUUCUUCUGGCUCUGGUUCUGGGAUACCAUUACUUGUAAGAAUACAUCAAGGUGUUAAUAAAAAUACAAUUCAUGUUAAAAAAAAAAUGUAUAUUGAUUUAGGUACAAAGAACAAUAGCAAAACAAAUACGAAUAGAACGACAAAUAGGCGAAGGAAGGUUUGGUAAAGUGUGUUUGGCCAAUUGGAGAGGUGAACACGUAGCUGUAAAAAUUUUUACUACCAUUAACGAUCAGAGUUGGCUACGAGAAACCGAGAUAUACCAAACCGUUUUACUCAGACACGAUAAUAUACUGGGUAAUUAUUUACAUAAACAAAAAUUUGAUCUAACUUGAUUUUAGACUAAUAUAUAUUUUUAAAAUAAUUAUUUAAGGUUUCAUUGCGGCUGACUUAAAGGUUAGCGCUGGAGGUGCUCAGAUGAUGUUGAUCACAGAAUACCAUAAACGUGGUUCUUUACAUGAUUUCUUGAAAGAGAAUACUAUUGAUACCGCUCAGUUGGUUGUAAUGGCACGUUCCAUCGCCAGUGGUAUAGCUCAUUUACAUGAGCCAAUUAACGGUACCCAUGGUAAGCCGUGUAUUGCCCACAGGGACAUUAAAUCGAGAAACAUUUUAGUUAAGACUGAUGGUGAAUGCUGUAUUGCUGAUUUUGCCUUAGCUGUCCGAUAUGACAGGUAAUUUUCUAUAUAAUAAAAUAUAUCUAUAUUUUUAACUAAUCAAUCAUUAAUAUAUAUAUAUAUAUAUAUAUUAUUAUUAUUUGUGUUCAUUUCAGUCGAAGAAACGAAAUAGACAUUGCUCCAAACUCAAGAGUCGGUACAAGACGCUAUAUGGCCCCAGAAGUAGUCAAUGAUACCAUUGAUGUAACUUCAUUUAGUGCGUUUAAAGCUGCUGAUAUGUACUCAGCAAGUUUGGUAUUCUGGGAGUUGUGUAGGCAAGUAUUUUUAAUUGUUUUUUUUAUUUUGCUAAAAAAUUAUCAUUAUUAUAAUAUGAUCAUAUUACUAAAUGUAACCUAUUGUGAUUUCACAGAAGAAGCAGACAAAAUUGGCCUGUAGGUGGUUCACCUAUGCUUCAAGCAGAUGAAUAUAUGUUGCCUUAUGCCAAUCUAGUUGGAUCCGAUCCUUCAUUAGAAGACAUGCAUUUAGUAUUGAUAAUACAAGGUGCGAGGCCAGAUAUACCAAUGCGAUGGAAAUGUGAUAAUGUGAGUUUAAAGAAAAAUAUAUACACAAUUUUCUCAGGUUUUGUUUUCAUAAUAUAAAGAACCUAUUAUUUGAUUUGUAAACUUUAUUUUUUAGAGGUUGAGAGUAAUAUCAGAACUUAUUCAAGAAUGCUGGCAUCAAAAUGCAAAUGUUAGAUUGCCAGCAUUGAGAGUAAUGAAGACUCUGCGAAAGCUAGAAGAUAGUGAAACCUUGGAAAAUAUCGGUAUUCAUCAUGUCUAGUGCUCGAUCAAUUUCGCAUAAUAAUAGUUUAUAAUUGAAUUUAUAUCACAGUAAAUGUUACAGUGAUAAUAAUACUGAAAUAUUGAAUGAUAUAUAUGCCCAAGACUGUGUAGAUAGAAUUAAGUUUAAUAUUAUUAAAUUACUAUUAUUGAUUUUAAAUAAUCAAUAUUAUUUUCUUGUCAUUUUUUCUACUUAACAUUUACAUAAUAAAUGUGUGCCAUUAAUGUAAUCGAAGCGUAGUAAACAAUUUAUUUUUUGAGACAAUAGAAAUAAAAUAUAACUUCGAACAACAUUUUUUUAAACUUUUUUCUAACUACUUUACAUUAUAAACACUGUGUCCUAUAAUUAUGUAAAUAACAAAGUGAUUGUUUCCUAAUUAAAUUUGAUAAUCAUUUUUUAUAAUUUCUACUGUACGUACAAGUUUAAAAUUGUUUUUGUGUAUUAAAUAGACAAAAAAAAUGUUCGUAUUUAAUUUUAAAAUGACUUGUAUGCUCUACAUGACUAAUUUUAAUAUUUCAUUUAUAAAUUACUAUAAUGUUACUAUAUAAUUAUAUUAAAAUAUAUAUGUAUAUAUAUUUUUACUAUGAACAAAUAUUUACACUACUAUAAACAAUCAUUGUUAUUUAUUGAAUUCAUUUUGUAUAUAAUUGUUUUUUUUUUCAAAUGUAUACUUUCCUAAAGAUAUAAAUUUCAAGUCAACUCUCCCAAAGUUUAUGUAAAAUGUAUAAAUGUAUACCAUAUAUUGUAAUAUUUUAUUUUUGUUGAAGACAUGUAUUUUUAAGACUAAAUAUUUUUUUAAAACCGCAACACCAAACUGUGUCGCUCAAAAGACUUGUAUAAAAUGUGUGUUUAAAUAUAAAUAAAUUUGUGUAUACCUUUUAUAUUAUCAAUAUUUAUUUAUACUAAUAAUGUAAUGUUGCAUAAACAUGUUCAUGAUCAGUUUCAUUAAUAUUGCACCGUUGUCUUAAAUUUUCACUGGAACAAAUAUCCAUUCUUGUCUACACUGGCUUUCCUCAUAUCAUUCUCAAUCUCAUCCAACCACUUCUCUUUUGGUCUUUCACCGUAUACCACAAACCAUACAACCAUACCAUAUAAUGACGUAGCCUACAAGGGGUUUUGGGUAUUGUAGCCCCCUCCAAAUUGCUUUUUUUAGUUAUGGGUGAGAUUAAAAAGGUUGUAAACCCCUAAACCCGCCUUAUUGAUAAAUUCUGGCUAUGCUAUUUCAACCCUAUACCACAAUGCUAUAGCAAAUUAUCAUCAGUUUCUUGCCAAAACUUAAUGGAAAAUUUUACUAUUUUGUGAUAAUGGCACUAUAAAAACAUUAUUUUCAAGAGAUGUCUUAAAUGAUGGAUUUCCUUUUUCUAACCUGCCACAUACUUACAGGUAACUAUUCAAAAUUCACUAUUGGUAAAAGUAAAAAUGUAAAAUCACAGAAUUGACUAUGGUAAAACUCUAAAAACUCACAAGCCGUUAUUUUCUGAACAAUUAUGAUUUUGUCGUUACA